AUGAGAUACACGCUGUCCCUCCCGUGGUGGGCUUUGAUAAGCUUGUUGCUCCAUCUUCCGGCAUUCAUCCACGGCCUGGGUUUCAAUUCCUCCACUGAUCCACCUCCUCGCGCAGCCUUGGUUACGCUCGCCCAUGACUCCGAUCUCCCUGCCAUGCUCGUCUCUAUGCAUCAACUUGAGGAUCAGUUUAUCAGCCAGUACCACUGGAUCUUCUUCAGCACUCGCGAGCUCAGCGAAGACUUCAAGCGUCUGACAUCAAACGCCACCAGCGCCACGUGCAUCUAUGAAGUUAUUGCCGACGAGCACUGGGGUACCCCGGAUUGGGCCAGGCAGGACCCUCUUUACGUACCUCCUAGCUACGAAACGGACUUUCACCCUGAUCCCGAGACCCCUGCUGCGGAUUCUCGGCAGAGAUAUCGUUGGAACUCUGGCCUUUUCGCUAGGGAGAAGCGGUUGAAGGACUAUGAUUGGUUCUGGAGGGUCGAACCUGGUUCGCGGUUGACACAAAGCAUCGACUUCGACAUUUUUCGUUUCAUGCGAGACAACGGAAUCGAAUACGGCUUCCACCGAGAUGCCCUCGCUGAAACGAACUUGCGAGUUCUGUCACCUCGAAUCAGGUCCUUCAUCGACAAACACCCAGAGCUACUGCAUAAAGAAGCCGACGUCUCGUGGUUAUUCGAUAGCCCGAAUGCAGAGAGUACGCAGACGGAAGAGGACGAGGAAUCAUUGGAGGGCCGCCCUGACCUUGCGGGCCACUCGGACACGGAUUCUCCCCAGAGCGAGAAUGAAGAUGACGACGAAGAAAGCGAUGAUAUGAUUUCCUCGCUGGCCGAGGCUUUUACGUCUUGGUUAAGUGGCAUUUAUGAGAGCAGUCUUUACCCGACAUUUGAGAUUGGAUCUCUUGCCUUGUUUCGCAGCCCCAACCACGCCGCUUUCUUUGAUCAUCUUGAUAGUGCAGGAGCGUUCUACUACCACGCCUCCAAAGACGUGCCGGUGCACACGCUGAGUGCCAGCAUGUUUUUACCAAGGCAGAGUGUUUGGAACUUUAGCAAGAAGGCAGUCAGACAUCGAGCUCACCAGGAGCAGCGCCCAAGUCAACCGAAAGAAACUCCCGACUGCGAUGCCAACGUCCAAAACAGCGCCCAACCCGAAUCGACCAACAAGUUCCAGUUUGCGAAUAACGCCGAGGAAAUCAUGGCGACAUGGCUGGCGUGUUGGGAGGUGCUGGCUCGUGACCUGGAGAGGCAGGAAUCCUUCCCGGGGUUGAUGUCGGGGAACACAGUCAUCGAUGAGCGCAACUUUUCCCUUGCCUAAGCAAAUCUCCCGCGACGCGUUGUACAGAGGCACGAUAUGAUGAGUCAAGAUAGCGGUGGGAACAGACCAGGUCGAUGACGAUGAAUGAUUGCAGGUCUGGUGUGUUUACUAGAAGCAAUUAAGUGUGACGUCUCGCAGGUCGAGCGGCACCAAAUAGAAGAUUGCCAAAUUUACGGAUGUUGAAUGCAGCGGUGAAGAGAAAGUGUG